AUGGGAGAUAUCUACGCUUCAAAAACCAUAAUUUUAGAUCGCGGUAGUUACACGCAAUGUACAUUAAAUCUUUACGGUGCAAAUAUAACUUCUUGGAGAAUUCGUAAUAUCGAACAACUCUUUGUGAGCACUCAAGCGAUUGCAGAUGGAAAACUUGCAAUACGUGGAGGAAUUCCGAUCGUAUUUCCUCAAUAUGGACCGUGGCAAUUUGGCCCUCAUCACGGAUUCGCAAGGCUCAUGGAAUGGAAGAUUAAACAACACCCAAAGAAAUUGGAAAAUAGAGACAUCGAGGCUAUUGUUUAUUUAGAGGCCGAUUACUACAGUAGAUCAAUGUGGAAUUUUUCAUUCAAAGCGGAAUACCAAAUAAUUUUACAAGAAUACGGAAUUAAGCUUAGUAUUACCGUUUUUAAUCAAGACAAAGAAUCGCUAAACUUUAAUCUUUUAAUGCAUCCGUACAUUCAAGUUCCAAAUAUGGUAAACACUAAAAUUGUUGGAUUGGAAGGUGAAUUUUGGGAUAAAACAACAGAUAAUCUUGCGGAAGGUGUACCUAUAAUGAAAAUAUAUGAGUUUACUGAUAGAGUAUAUAAAAACACCAGAAGUACACAUAUUUUAACUAACGUGAUGGAAAAUAACAAAAUGAAAAUUGAGAAAGAAAAUUGCCCCGAUACGGUUAUAUGGAACCCUGGGUCUGAGAAUGCAAAGAAAUUUAUUGAUCUCUUAGAAUCAGAAUAUGCACGAUUAAUAUGUUUAGCAACGGGACACGCCGAUCAACAUUUAAAAGUUUUACCCAACGAAUCAUCUACAAUGAAAUUGUCAAUGCAUAUUAUGAGGGACGAUAUAUUAGCUGAAUUACAAAAAUUGUAUCAAAGAAGCUCAGAGUCUGAUCCAAAAUUCGAAGGAGGAUUUAUAUGGUGA